AUGUGUCUUUUUAACAUCCGGUCUGCCUCAUGUAGAAGUGAAGAAGAAGCAAACGAACACUCGGUCGAGGCGCCUCAUUGGCUGAACCGCGGUGACGUCAGGGUGCACCCAGUUCGGCUCGUCUGGUCAGUUGUCAACAUGGCGGCGGUGGAUGUCAUUGUGGACAACUUGGCGACUCUCUGGAGGAUACCAGCCGUCAAACAAAACUUCCCCUGGAUAUUUCUACUCAUCUCAGCCGUGGGCUCGAUCCUGAAAGAGCUGGAGCUCGUCCCGCAGACUUAUUUCAGCAGCAGCAGAAACGCCCUGAACGUGUAUUUUGUCAAAGUGUCCUGGGGAUGGACGUUGCUGCUGCUGACCCCCUUCCUCCUCCUCUCCAACUCCUCCUUCAGCAGGAGCGUGACCUUCCUCAGCCGGCGGCUGCUGUCUCUGGUGGUGGCCACAGUCGUCUGGUACGUCUGCACCGAGACCUUCUUCUACAUCGAGGACGCGACCGGCUCGUGUUAUGAAACUGAUUCCAUGGAUGUUAUCAAGAAUGAGUUCACAAGCAAAGCCGGCUGCAGGCGGGCCGGCUUCCGUUGGCAUGGCUACGACAUCUCAGGACACUCCUUCAUCCUGGCCUACUCGGCUCUCUUUAUCGUGGAGGAAACGGCGCCCAUGGCCUCCCUGAAGACAGCCAGCCUGUCCUCCCUGCCCAGGACGGUCCUCAACCUCCUGUACGUGGCCUUGAAUCUGAUCGUCAUCAUUUGGGUGUGGAUGUUUGCCUGUACCUCUGUGUACUUCCAUGACCCCUCUCACAAGUUGCUUGGGACCAUUUGUGGCCUCCUGGGGUGGCAUCUGACAUAUCGGGUUUGGUAUUUGAAUCCUUUGUCACCUGGACUCCCCCCUCAGCGCCACCCGAAAGAACAGAAAGAACACGCCUGAGCUGCAGCCAUACUUUCCUGUACAAUUCCAAUGCUAGAGCAUCAACAAUCCUCCAAAUAUCACACUACAGUUGACGUUAUCUGCCCACGGGUCCAAGCAGGCCAAAGCUAUUUGAAGCUAUUUGAAGUUAUUCCCUCCUCCCAGAGGGGCUCAUUUUGUACAGGAUGACUCGGCUUGCAGUUCCUCCAUGGUGUUUGGCAGCUGCUGCUCCCAAAAUGACUCUUGGUAAUCCGAGACAAAAGCAAGACGCCGCUCUGCUGCCCAGCUUCAGCCUCUCACCUUCAGCCUCCGAGGCUCGCAUGCUACACCGUCCUUUGUCUCCCAGUCCGUUGCCUUAUAGUGUUUAACUCAGAGGAAUCACAGUUUUAGAUGUUUGUGAGGGAACACUUAGGAAUGUUUACAGCUCCAAUUUCAUAGCACUGACAAUAUGUAAACUUUCAGACCAAUGUUAAGUAGAUACUGAUUGUUUUUAUAGGAAACUACUACACUACCAGAUCAGAACAAAGUCAGACUCUAGUGGACCCACAUUUCAUCCUACAUGUAGGAUUGAUGUGUGCUUUGCAUCUCUUAUUAUACAUGGUUUGGGGUUAAUGUAAUGGUAACAGAAAAACUAGAGUUUGAAUAAUAGGAUUCUAAUAUAUUAUCUUCCUAAUGGUUUGCUGCUUAUUUAAAAAAAAAGUGAAAAAUAUCCUUCACACUUUUCUUAAUGCCAGAAUAAAAACUUCAGAUGACUUUCAAAGAAGGUCAAGAAGACCUGUUCAGCUUUUAUGAUUUAUUAUAAUCAACAAAAACAUGCUUCUAGCCAAAUGUUCUGUUGGUGUUCUGAUUGAUUAAUCUGCUAAUUUAUUUUCAGUUGUAAUCUUUUGUCAACAACACAGAGAAAAGACCACACCUGAAGUCAGAAGUAUUUUCAGAUAUCACCAAAGCCUGUUCGUAGUUUUCCUCGGUGCCACAGAGCUGCGUUGUGUCUCAAAAAUCUGUUAAAUGUGUGUUCAUGAUUAACAAGGACAAUGGAGUGCCUUCUCCGUUGCACGUAUACUGUGCUGUUGCCAUAGAUACUCACUCGUUUACCAAAUGUGUGAAAAUAGAACCCAAGAAAUGUUGAUCUAUCAUUUGAGUAAAGUUUGCAACAAAAAAAAAACCACCAGAGAACAGAUUUAAUCUUUUAGUGUGUUGCUUUUUAUUUUAUAAAGUUUGAUUUGUUUAUUCAUUUUUAAUUCCCCGGGAGGAACAAGUGAGAUUGCAGCUGAGUCCUUAGAGCAGGUAAUGUAGUAACUACAGGCUCCUCAGAGCAGGUAAUGUAGUAACUACAGGCUCCUCAGAGCAGGUAAUGUAGUAACUACAGGCAGGUAACUGGUACAUUUCAAUAAAAGAGAAAACCAGGAAGUGUGUAUUCCAUUUUUGUUAUUUAUUUUGUCUUUGAUGGCAACUGAAUAAAUUAAGGCUCAUGAACAAACAUCAUAAAAAGCACCAUAAAUAAAUGCAUAUAUAGAAAUAUAAAAAAUAAAAAGUUAAAAAAUAAAAAAAUACUAUAGUGAAAUAUAAUGGCCACAAAUCACAACUAGGAUUUCUCGACUUGAACUCUUGGUGUGUUCCAAGAAGUCACAGCUCCGUCCGUCCCCCCUCAGGUUGCGUUGUGUUGGUCAGAAGAAGCGGUGGAGUUGUAACGUGAAGUGCUCGCAGAGAAUGUACCGAGUGUCCACAAUGAUCAGCUGGUUAUGACGUAUAUGUUGACGGUUCCCAAAAGAAUAAACCAAAAAAUUCAUGAAUAUCUGAGCGUUGAAAAUCAACAUAAAUAACAUUUCGAUGGUUAAAACACAACA